AUGCAAAAUGGGACCAUACUUCAGGCAUGUAAAUCAAUGUUCUGUUCGACUUUGGGUAUUGCUGAAAGAACAAUAUCAGACUGGUUAAGUCUAAAAGUUAAAGAUGGUUCCAAUGAUGUACAUGAUGUUGCUGAUAUACCAUGUAAGGAGAAAACAAGAUCAGGACCUACUCAGAAAAUGUCUAAUGAUACUGUUUAUUAUCUUAAGACAUCAAUCAAUAUUCCGUGCGUUGAUUCCCACUACUGUCGUAAAAUACCAGCUUAUAAGGAUAAAAGAUUUCUUCAACCGGGUAUUAAAGUUAUUGACCUGUUUGAGCGUUAUAUAGAGCAGGGGCCCAGAGGGGUCAGCCUAGCUGAAAAACGAACCAAUUCUUAUAUGUAUCACUAUUCUCCAUGGACAUUACCUUUAAAGGAAAUGGACGUCUGCCGGGCAUGCAUUGGUUUAGCAACUGCCUGUGUCUGGGACAACAAUGAUGCCAACAUAGAAACAUUAGAUGGCAAAGAAACAUUACACGCCAAUGUCGGUCAUACAUACCAGAAUAUUUUGCAGAAUGACAGAGAAACAAAUAACAUUCCAAUAGAAUUACGAGAUGGGAGGAACCGACGAAGGUUUGUUGGAAGUCAACGAGAGAUACCCCCAUUUAGGGAACCUCUCAAUAAGGCUAUGUUUGUCACGAGUGCUAAUAUGUCUGAAUCUUUCAACGCAAUUACAGCUGAAUCUAGAUAUACGACUGAAACAUCCAAUGUGAUUACAUCUGAAUCUACAGAACCAAAUGUAAUCCAUAGGAAAGUAAAACUGGCAAUGAAAGCACUGGAUCUUUGUUGGCUUUGGAAAUUGUUUGAGGGCAACACACCACUGUAUGCUGGAUUUAUCAGCAUGUACAUCAAGGAUGUCUUACCGAUGCAACGAAUUUGCUACAUGGACCCUAUAUCUAGAUCGCCAACUAACAAUGCUCUAGUCAAAGAGAAUGAAUUGCUGGCAAAUGUCUUGGAGCAGAAGCUAUAUCAACGUUUUCUUCUGGACUUACCCGAAGAAGAAUAUGGGUCAGUCGUACUAGUGAUGCACACAUUACCUUCAAAUGCAAGCCAGACAGAAGUGCAUCUUUUAGAUCCAGUUGUAUUGCAGCAUCUUGAGAAGUAUGAGGAAUUCUUCCAGAUGAUUAUUGAUGGUAGCCAAGGACCAACAGCUCAAUUCUGGGCAACUUACAUCUUCCUCAUCAAUCGUCUGCACAGAGAGUUGCAGAGAUGCGUGAAGACAAAUGAUGUCAAUGGUUAUAUCAAUGUGUUUCCAAUGAUACUUGGUGUAUUCUUCAGCCUCAAUCGUCUUAACUAUGCCAGAUGGGGAACGCUUUUCCUUCAGAAGCUGAAAUCAUGUGACCCUAAGUUGAUUGAGAUUUUGGAAAAGAGUGCAUUUUCGGUCAGACGUACUACCAAAGAUUACAGCAGAUCAGCUGUUGACCUGUCUUUAGAACAGUCUGUGAACCGUGAUGCAGCAUCUCAAAUGAAAGGGAUUGUCGCAUUCAGAAACUCUGAAAAUGCCAUGCGAAGGUGGUCGUUAAGCAUGACACAGAGAGCUAUGGCUGUAACUGAGUUAAGAACAUUCGCUGGGCUGGAACUAGGAGAAACUGCGGCUGCCCAGUGUCGUCCUUCAAGAAUAAAAAAGGACAACAGUCAAAUGGCAGCAUUGAGUGCAAAAAUUGAUGAAUUUUGCAACCCUUUCAAAAGUGAAACUUCAGGUUGCUUGGUCAAUAUUGCCAUAGGUCAAGCAGCAGCAAAGGACACUGCAUCAUAUCUGCUGAAUACACUGAACAUGGGUGAGGUUGCAAGGGGAAAAUUCUUACAUGAAUGGGACAGCAACAACCAUCGCUUUCUUCAACCAGUCAAACGUACACGAGUACAAAAUUUUGCUGCUGAAAAUGUCAAGAAGGAAACCAAGUCACCGGCCUUACAGGGAGCAAAGACCAACGCUGAAAGCCUAUGGGAUAUGUUUAUACGUAUGAUUAUUGUUGUUGCAGAGGAGACAAACUUUGAUCUAAAAAAUGUUCUCUCCUACCCAAUUACAACAUACCCAUUAUCGCUUGCACAUUGUGAUGGGACCCAUGUUAAAACUAAUAAAUCGGUACUUCUGAAGAAACUGGAGUCCCUACAGACUGAACCUGUCACAGAGUCGGAGCUUCCAAGGAAUUAUGUUCAUGUCUAUGAUGGUGGCCUUCUUCUCCAUUCGAUCCUCACACAAACAAACAUAGGCGCAUCCUAUGGAUCAAUUGCUAGGACAAUAUUGUCAGCAGUCUGUUCAGGUGAUGCAAAUGAAGCACACGUUUGUCUUGACAAAUAUGUAGAGAAUUCCAUCAAAGACAGUGAGAGGAGACUACGAGGGGAUGGGGAAAAGAUCACUAUUGGAACAUCGUCAGGGGAAAGACUCUGGAAGGGCAAGACAAAGGCCCUAGAUAUCAUAGAGAAAGACGAGAGUGGUCGUUUUGUUGAAGCAUUUAUCAGCAUGGGAGAUGCACGUCACACGGUUGAUUUUGAUGUCAUAUCAGAAUUUGUCUGCUGCAUGUUUGCCCAAAGUCAGACUCGAGACAUUGAUGAAGCACGUUACAAUAAAUUGAUGCAAAUGACAGGCAAAGUUCAAAAGGAUAAUCCGCUGGCAAACGUCGAACGUAUCGACUGUGCAUUGCUUCCACCCACUCGUAAAACGCUAGAGAUGAAGAUCAGCCGGUUACAAAAGCUUGUCCAGGAGAUGAUUGUUGGCAAGAAAAACAAUAUUGCUAAGUUUCUGUAUAAUAUUUCAAAACAAGAUAAAGAAUAUUCAUUCACUCAAAAUUUACCUACAAUAUUAACAAUUUCUACCCUGGCCCGAAUUAAUCAAAACAAUCCAAAAUUACAAAAAGCCAUGGGCGAAUUAGAACUGUCUAAUUUACACCCUUUGUUAGAAAAUGCGUUUCGUCCUCAGGUACAUUGGAUAUUUUAUCUCCUCGGAGCUUGUUUAUUCCUCGCCAUUACCUUUAUCAUAAGUUUUAAAAUUGUUAAAAUAUAUAAGAAGGUCAAACGUGCUAGGGACACUGUAGGGCGAACGAGUUGUACUGAAACCAAAGAGUCUCUGUACGCAUUGGUGGAUAAAUUCCGAAGAAAGCCAAAGCCACAACCAAGGAACAUAGUGAUGACAACAUUAAGCCUGCCACGAGAAACACCACCACCACGUCGGCAGUAUUCGCCAGAACCAGCCACCAAUUACGUCAGGACAGUGGAGAUCCUGUCAUAA